GGGAGGGAACCCCUCCAAAAGGUCGCGUGUGAGGUGAGGGGACGCCCCCGAGGGGCCGUGUGUGAGAUCCCCUGCCACAGCCAUGAUGCCGGUGGCCACCGUGAUGCCCGACGACACGCCCAUGUUUGACCCCAGGAUUCUGCACGAGCUGGACUGGAGCGAGAACACGACGACGUUUUCUCCCGCUAUUUCUCCGCUGAAUCCGGGGGAUGGGCUGGUUCUGAGACCGCUUUGCACAGCUGAUUUAAACCGAGGCUUUUUCAAGGUUCUGGGUCAGCUGACAGAAACUGGAGUUGCAAGCCCAGAGCAGUUUAUCAAAACCUUCGAGCACAUGAAGAGAUCGGGAGAUUAUUACGUUACCGUCGUGGAGGACACAAACCUUGGACAGAUCGUUGCUACAGCAACGCUGGUUAUAGAACAUAAAUUCACUCACUCCUGUGCCAAGAGAGGGAGGAUAGAAGACGUGGUGGUCAGCGGGGAGUGCAGGGGGAAGCAGCUUGGAAAACUAUUAAUAUCCACCCUCACCUUGCUAAGUAAGACACUGAACUGUUACAAAAUCACGCUGGAAUGUCUGCCCAAAAACGUGGAUUUCUACAAGAAGUUUGGCUAUUUGGUAUCUGAGGAAAACUACAUGUUUCAACGGUUCUUUAAUUAACAACUUCCAGGUGGUAAAAGACUGUUGGUGGAGGAGCUUGUGCUCCAAACAUUCUCUUCGUGGAAAACUUAUAUAGUUUAUGGCUGCAAAUAUAAUGAUCCCUAUAAAUAAUGAACAUCAAAUGUGUAAA